CUCACACCCAUACGUACAAUACAAAGUUGAAAGUGGCAACCAACUCGAUAUCCUAAUAUAAACCAAAAUACUACAUUCCAAGUCUUCUCUUAUUGUAUACUAACCACUUACACCGUUGGGACGUCCUUCUACUACACCUACUACACUAUAUCACAUAUACCCAAUCACAAUGAGAAUCUCUUCAGCUCUCACUCUCAUCGCGGCUACUGCCGUAGUAGCCCAACAACAGACACAAUCUCAGUCUCAAUCCCAAUCUCAAAACGAUGCUACCUCUGCCGCCACGGAUUUCGCUAGCACUGGCACUGGCACCGGUACAAACAUAGCCGCCGCCACCAGCACGGGCGACGCCGUCAGCAGCGAUGUUAACAGCAAUACAGCAGCUGGCAGCAGUGAUGUCGCGGAGGGCACAAGCAGAAGUACCGGCGGCACCACCAGCACAAGCACCACUAGCAGCAGCACUACUGAGACCACAACUGGUAGCUUUACUACUACAUCAACCAUCGGAACUGAAGGUGCCACUAGCGAUGCCUCCUCAUCAAGCACGUUCGUUGUCGUAUCUAGCUCUGCCGCUGACACCGGGGCUACUGGAACUGGAGCUGAAUCUGCCGUGUCUUCUGCAUCCGCUCCUGCAGCAACUGGCACUGGCGCCGUAGGCACAGCCGGAACGGGUGUCGCUUCAGCAUCGAUCAGCUCUGGUUCCGGCGUCAACGGUACACUGGCGACUACCAGCACUGCCGGUACCGGGGAGGCUACUGCUACGCCUUCGGGGCCUACAACCACUUUCGACGGCGGCGACUCAUCCGCAAGCUCCACCGUCAUCCCCGACGCCGGCGCCGGCACCGUCCACGCCGGUACUAACAGCUUUUUGGCUCUCGUUGGCGUUGCCGCUGCACUCCUGCUCUCUUACUAAACAGAUAGAGCAAAUAAACAAAAGACAACCAAAAGCGAACAAACCAUCUAUUAUACCUACUUCCGAUCAUAAUGUUUUAUUGAAUUAUUCGAUUUUGUAUUACAACACCAGCCGGCCAUACUACCUUUUAAUUAAAAUUUUCGCAUGGGUAUAGAAGGGGGAGAAUCGGUGGUUCAUGGUGGCACCUUAAGUGGUCCCUCGGUCCGGUAAUUCCAGCAUCGGAAAGGCGUUGCGAUAACACCUUUUUUUUAUAUAAGUUUU